UUGUUUUUUUAAAAAAACUCAUGACUUUUUCUUAAGCCAGUUUUAAAAUUACACGUGGAGGAGAAUAAUACCAGCGGAGAAGAUUCUUGUGUCCUUAUAAGGGAUACGGCAAGGCGAGUGAUAGAUCAGUACGCAUGCGCUAUAACGGUCAAAGAAGCUUUAUCCUCGAAGUCAUGCCACAGCCUCUCUCUUUUGAAUUCUCGAUUUGACUAUGAGGUUGUAAUUUCGUAUUGACACUGAGGUUGUAUCUUCUGCAUCAAACGAGGCUGCAAAACCAAAACAUUGGAUAUUUGGUGGGAAACUUUAAACUCACAUGCAUGAAAGCUGAAAUAAGUUUAUGUUAUUGUACGUGUUGGUUUUAUUAUUGUUGUUUUUACGUUCAUGGCUGCUGAAGUUUUCUCUGAAAAUCUAACUAAUAAAACUGAUACUCUACGUACCCACAACGACGUUGAGCAUUCAGUUCUAAGUUCUUCAGAACUUGUUAUUUCAUCGAAUUCAGUAGAAGAUAAAGAAGAUGCUCACUCAAAUUCUAAAUGUGAAAACAAAAUUGUCUUUGAUAAUGUAAAUAGUAACGACAUACAAAGCUCUCAUCGUGAACCUGAGCAGUUAACACAGGGUACUGUAAACAUUCUAGGAUUAAAUUCUAAUGCCAGAAUUCAAGUUAUAUCAGAUACAAAUGCGGCUAACAUGACAGGCAAUAACGGACCUAUAUAUUUGUUAGUGUCAAAUGACUCUCCAAGUGCUGUUAUCCAAACAGUAGGGUCGACAAACGAAGAUGCAAUAAAUGUAAUUUCAACAGACACAAUAAAGAAUGAAACAGACUCUGCUGCAACAGUGCAAAUUAUGAAUUCAGAGGGCAUUCCUGUAAACAUUAAUGUUAAUGAUUUACUCUCAACUAUAACAGGCUCAAAAGCUUCAAUAACUUCAGGGAAUGAACAUGAAGCACAAACUGGUAGUAUUUUAAGUUUAUCUUCCUCUAUAUUAUCUACUACUGGUGCUGACACUGUCAAUAACAGUCAAAUUUGUCACCGCCAGCCUGCACCGUCUUCACGAUCUGGGAAAUAUGUUAUAGCUAAGUCACCACAAGUCUCAGCUAUUCCAAAUUGGGCAUUGCAUUUAAGAGAUUGUACUAUGUUUGGUGAUACAUAUACUGGUUAUGUUACAAAUGAGGUUGAAAUGGAUGCUGUAUUAAAUUUAUAUAAAAAAGAAACACAGAGCUUAUUUGCUAUACGACAAACACCAUCUCCUGCAAAAGAUGAAACCACUGAUACUGUAAGACUUAUGUGGAAGUCUCAAUAUGUACCUUACGACGGAAUUCCUUUUGUCAAUGUUGGUCGGAGAGCAACUGUAAUGGAAUGUGAACAUGGCCCACGUAAAAGAAGUAAUGCACUUAAAAGGAUGCUCCAGCAUCAUGGUCAAAAACAUGCUUUAAAGAAAAUCCCCAAUUUGACUUGUCCUGCAAGGCUUUUUGUAAAGAAAGUACGCAAAUUUCCACAAUAUCGCGUGCCAACAGAUGCUGAUCCAAAGUUAUUAAGGCAACUACAGGAGCAGUCAUUAAAAUUGGUUCGGCAAGCUGGUUUUCAUACUGGUGAAAUAAGGUUAUAUAUGCAAUUACCUUUACCCACUGCACAUCGUUAUCAUAAUGUUGGACAUUGCAUGGAAGCUUUCAGAAAAGAAAUAGAAGAGCCUGAUGACUUAUUAAUGGAAUCUAUUGAUGUUGAUAGUCGUGUUUUAAAUAAAAUUCAAGAGCUUGUGAGACAAGGUUUUGUCAAUCCAUUUAUAGUCAGAGCAGCUGUGAAGGAUUUUGUUGAGAACAAAAUGGAAUUAAAUGCACCUGAACAAAAACCGUAUAAGCAUAAUAAGGCAUUCUAUCCACCUCUAAUUGAAAUUCAAAACAUUAUACAGCAAACACAAGCAGCUUUAAAUUCUGGUGUGGUGGCUCCUUUGCCUGCUCCUGAAAUACCCCCAGUGCCUAUCAGACAAAAGCGUAAAAGAACGACCAGCAUGGAGAUGACGUCUUCACCGUUAAUGAUAAAAAAAUUUAAAGUAGAUCAGAUAUCAGAAGAUGUUUUAAGUUCUUCCACAGGAAAAACAGGUCUAAAGAGCGAGGAUAUCUCAGAAUCUAUUGACCAAUCCGAAACUAUAUCCCUUUCUUUGACUGAUAACCAGCUUCAGAACUUUUCAAUUACAAACUUUACAUAUGAUCAGCUAGCACAAUUAGCUAAGAUUGGUUUACUUGCAUUAACAAAUGCUGCCAAAGACACUCCUGCCGUUUCAGUGGGUACCUCAGACAGUGUAGAUAGUAAUGAAAACUUAGAACCUCCGACUACGGAUACACAUGUUACCUUAACAGACGAUGAUCGCAGCAGUACUUUACUAAUAACUGCAAAUAAUGCAGAAGAUGAAAAAUUGAAGUUAGACAUAUUAACGAAUGUACCCGAUGUCUUACAAGAAAGUGAUUCCACAGCUGCUGGAAACAGCUGAUUUAGAUUAUUUAAGAUGUAUAAUAAUUGAAUAUCUCAAUGAUUUUUUCUUCUUUUUAACUUCCUUUAAACUACAUCAAAUAUCUUUUCUGACACAAUUUAAAGGAUACUUAGAAUUUGAAUUACUGAUACAGUCUAAUCAUUUGCGGAGAAUAAAAUUUUUAAGUUUUUUCAUUUUGGUCAAUUUAAUUUUUAUUAAAUUAUUGUAUUAUAUAGACUUGUUGUUCCAAUUUUUAUACAUUUCAUUUGAAAUUAUAUCGUAAGAUCAGUACAUAAA